GAUCGGACUCUUCGGGCACGCGGCAUUUGUUUCCCUUCCUCAGUUCAGUGGGAGCAUGAGCGCCGGCAGCACGCACUGAGGCGCCCGGGUCGGAGCAACGGAGGCGCGGAGCCCGGCACAGGGCCAGAGCAUGGGGUGAAAAGGACCAUCCUCUGCUGACCUCAAUGCAGAUGACCAGUGAUGGCCACAGCAUCACCUCGACAUUUGUUGGAUGACGUAAUAAACACAGAACAACAACAACAGGAACAACAGCAGCAGCAGGAAUUCCUGAGCUCGCUGGAGACUAUCGUUCUCACCAUCUUUCUCUCCAUUAUUAUCAUUAUGACAGUGUUUGGAAACCUGCUGGUCAUGGUGGCACUCUGCAAGGACAGACAUUUACGGAAGAAGAAGACAAACUACUUCAUUGUGUCGUUGGCAUUUGCUGACUUGCUGGUUGCGCUGGUGGUGAUGCCCUUUGCUGCGAUCGAGCUGACCACUGGCCACUGGCGGUACGGAGAGAUCUUCUGCCUGGUUCGAACGUCUCUGGACGUCUUGUUGACUACAGCAUCCAUCCUGCACCUCUGCUGCAUAGCACUGGACAGGUAUUAUGCUAUCUGCUGCCAGCCGCUGGUCUACAGGCACAAGAUGACCCCGAUUAGAGUGGCAGUGAUGCUCAGCGGCUGCUGGCUCAUCCCCACAUUCAUCUCCUUCCUACCCAUCAUGCAAAGCUGGAACGCCAUCGGCAUCGAGGACAUUAUCGAGGAGAGGCGAGCCUUGGCGGGAGGCUCCAAUGACACAAGCUGUGUGUUUCUGGUCAACCGGCCGUACGCCCUGAUCUGCUCUGCGGUGGCCUUCUAUGUCCCUUUAGCCCUCAUGGUCCUGGCCUACCAGCGUAUCUACGUCACUGCCAUGACCCAUGUGCGGCAGAUCGAGACACUACAGCGGGCCGGCUCCGCUCCUGUUACUGGGACGGUUCCAAUGAUCACAGUAAGGUCCUCCACUUCUUCAGAUCCACUGGAGCACUACCGCCUCAGGACAACAACAGGUUCCUCCUCAGAGCAUACUCCCAUAGCAAAUAGCCGCAUGCGCGUUGAGACUAAAGCAGCAAAGACGCUGGCAAUCAUAAUGGGUUGUUUCUGCCUAUGCUGGGCGCCAUUCUUCAUCACCAACGUGGUGGACCCCUUCAUCCAUUAUUCAGUGCCCUGGCAGCUGUGGACAGCCUGGCUGUGGCUCGGGUACAUUAACUCAGGGUUGAACCCUUUCCUGUACGCCUUUCUGAACCGGGCGUUUCGGAGGGCGUUUCUGGUGAUUCUCUGCUGUGGAGAUGAGCGGUACGCACGGCAAAGGAGCUGCUCCUAUGGACCCGCCCACAGAGGGUGCUCAGCUGCGUCGGUCAACGGGACGUCUAUGGCACUGAGGAGCAGUGGGCAGCCAUGGGCGCCCGGGGAACACCUUGGGAUUCAAUGUCUUGCUCAAGGACACUUCGACACAUGGACAAGGAGAGCCAGGGAAUCGAACCACCAACCGCUCUACCUACUGAGCCACGGCCACCUCUGUGAUUGUCCUUUCUGCCAAACCGGAGCUACAGCGACAAUGGACAGACAAUACUGGCCAACGAGCAGGAGUCCCAGGACUCUCUUGGACCACUAUGAGGCUGACUUGACAGAGCUGUGACAUCAUCAGCUGAUGUGGGAGGACCCUUUAGUUGGUUUAGAGAGGACAACUUUUUGACGCCUGUUUUGAACUGACCUAUUUAUUAGGAUGUUGUCUUACCUGGAUAUUCACUUUAUCAUCCAGCAUCAUCAUGGACUUUUUUACAGGGUAAUCUAAAGGUUAGAGGCGCUGUUGCUGGGCAUCAGACUCUAAUUGAGCAAAAACAAAAAAAGCCUCUUUGUGCAGAAUUAAAGUAUUGGUUGCAGAGUACUUGUGUCCAUGGACUGAAACAGACUGGUAAUAUGUUUUUAGUCUCUGUCUCUUCUCAUUCUGAAACCCAAAGAACUGUUUGGACACCUGGAUCACAGGAUGUGAAGAUCAAGUCAGUGGGACAGCGCCACAGAUCUCAGAAAACUUCAGCAGACUACAAGCCAAAGUCUGGCUAACGUGAUGGAAGAAGCAACAGGCCUUUUCCUUUUUAACCAAUAUGAUGACAUCAUAAAAAACUGGCAUCUUUUGGUGCCAUGUUGUGAAAGAGAAACAAGUUAAACAGGAUUAAAGUUGAGUUUAUUGUACAGUAGUUUGUAUUCUUGCCUUUUACCCGCACAACGGCAUUCUGAAACUGCUGGAUGUAAUGUCAAAAGAGGAGGUUUUUAUCCCCAUCCUUCAAUUCAUAUUCAGUUUUGAAACACCAAAGGCUGAGGAUGUGAAAUUAGAAAUGAAUUCCUUCACAGUCACAGAACUCUUCUAUCAUUCACCUCUGUGAUGAAAACACUUGCCUAAACCUGUCAAGGCACAUAAAAUAUUGUUGCAGUUACUUCUGGCUGUUUCACAUCUGUUACAUCUCUGACCAGACCCAACAAUGAUGUUGUGCUGGCUUUGUAUUUCAGGGCUACAUCACUGCAGCAAGGUAGAAACUUUACAUUAUGGACAUUAUUGUCAUCCUGUAAGAAGUGACAAUGACAUAUGUAGGAAUUGACUCUUUACGUUUUUGUAAAUUAGUAAGACAUGUUUCAAAGAUAAGUUAUAGUAACUUACUUAACUUAAGUAAGUUAUCACUGAAUUCAAUUUUUUUCUACAUCAUCCAGUCGAUGUUAUUGUGACAUAAUCCUUUCAAGGUGCAGAAGUAAACCAUCACACAUAAUCUGCAUUUUAGGACAUGCUCAUUUCGCAGUGUUAAAUAAAUUAAAAUAAAAAGGAGUAUUUGCCCUGGACAACUUCCUGCAUGGGUGCUGUCAGAGCCAGGGCUUGGAAGAAAGAAAAUAAUGAGUAAAAGCAUCCAAAGCAGCUAAAAAGCAGCUAGAUUCAGCUAAAAUUGGUAUAGCGCUGCAGUUGGCCUCUAUAACACAGGUAUAUCUGUCAUCUAAUGUUUGAUGCUUAGUUUACAUAGCUGAAGUCUGUCUGUCUCACUCUCUCUGACUAUCACAUUUAGAAGAUUGACACACUAAGGUGUUAAACCAACUCAGCCGCCUACAGUCAUCACUGAUAUCUGCAUUUUAAUUUCAGAUCCUGUCUGCAUCUCUGCCUCAGAAAAAAAACAGUUAACUCACCAUCUUUCCUUUUUAUUGUCAAUGCACAACCUCAAAGUCCAGCUUCAGACAAGCUAAAUGAAUGUCUUGUUACAAUGUGACAACUUUUAAUAGUCCACUGUGCCCUGUAUUUCAUCUUUUUUGUGUGUGAUGGAGAUGGUAAAUAAACAGAGAAUUUGGCAUUGA